AUGUCUACAAAAACCGCUCUCAAGGCCGCAAAGGCUGCUAUUGGCGCAAAGGAUUGGGAGGAAGCAAAGAACCAAGCGGAGGCAGUGUUGGAGCAGGAUGCCCAGAACUACUUUGCCUAUUUAUUCCUUGGGCGUGCGAACGACGGCUUGAGCAGGUUUGAGGAAGCAGCGAAGGCCUAUUAUGACGCGACCAAGAUCAAGCCCGACGAUGCGCAGGCAUGGCUAGGGCUGAGGGGCAUGUACGAGGGCCUCAAGGGCGCAAAGGUUGAUGAGAACACUGAUGUUGGCCUGGAGUUGGCACAAAUCUACAUGAACCUCGACGACGCGUACAAGUCCCAAUCAGCCAUCGAUAAGCUCGUCGAUCAUGCCCGCGCACAUGGCACCAAGACUCAAUAUGCACGUGCGCUUAGCACACAACUACCAUCCUCGCCCGUCUAUUCGUACCUUGAAGGUCGCCUGCCCGACCCCUCCAAAACCUAUACGCGUAUCGCCGAGAUCCACGAGACACAGGAGGCUUCCACAAUCAAGCGCCUCAUAGAAGAGAGGCGACUCCGCAUCGGCGCGACGCUAGAAAAUACUACCUCUUCUGUGAAGAAUGAGAUAUAUGCUGCUAGUCCACUAGAAGGCAUAUACGAGGAGAUCAUCAACUGGACGAGAGACGACGAGCUCAGGCGCGAAUACGAAGAGAAGCUACUAGCUAGAGCGUACGAUACCUUGAUGGUGCUGCCAUCGGGAGAGAAAGCAGACAAGAGAGAGAAAGUCAUGAAGCUGGCACACGACAUGGUCGUUAUCAAGCAUCCGAAUCUACUGGCUUGGACAAUCGAGUUGGAAUGGCGGAGCGGCAUGGAAGUUGAGGCGUAUUAG